GUACGUUUGUAUUGGAUACUUGAACAGCAAAUUUAAUAAGUUUCAGCACUAAAAAUUCUUUUAGCCUCAGAGUAUGGCUUUAAACUAUACAUCACACACGAAACACACCUCUACUUCUGUUUCGCAAAAGACAAACGUUAACCAUUUGAGUUGAAAUCCACAAGAAGAAAAAGAGAAACUUGAGAUUCAGAUUUCCCCCCUCAAAAGCAGAAAAAAAAAACUAAAACUUUCAAUGUGAGUAAUGUGAAGACACAAACAAGAGUGGAGCAUGAAAGGAUAUUCGAAUUGGAUUUGUUCUUUUUUAUUUGGAGAAAAUUUAUAUUACUAACGCAGCAGCAGCGCCCGCAUAUCAUUCUCAAUCAACCUCUACACUGCCAUUUGGAUUUAUUUCACAGCACAUCAGUCAAAACUGUUAACACAUUCGUAUACUCGCACAGUCAUAUUGAUGAACAAAUCCAUCAUAAGAAACAUAGAAACAGCACUCAGGACAUUGGACAUCCUAGGCAGCUCACAUCGUCGUAGAUAGAAAACCGAUUCUACUAUUAAGUAGCAUUAGAGUUUUUUUUUCGUUUUAUAUUAAUAAUAAGGACAUUUAAGGAUAUUUAAUAUUAAAGCCAAACAAAAUGAAAAACGAUGUAGUACGGUGGACAACUUCGUCCUUAACAUCACCACACAACUCAGCUAACAUGACUGUGAUCGAAACAGCAUCAGCGAGAACAAAAGUAUCAAAUUCUAGCAGCUCAAUAGUUAAGCAUCACAAAAGUCCUCGCCGCCGAAAUUUAUCAUUAUCAACAUUAUCAUCAGUGACGUCCUAUAAUUCUACCACCCCUUUAACAACAACUAUUAUGACUAGCACCUCCACCACCACCAAUAAAAUAAAUAGAAAAAUCUUAAACAAUUAUUGUGAUAAUAGUACGCAGCUUGGUGUAUCCAAAUCAACUACAAAUAAUAAUAAUAAUGAAACAUCAAGUAAAAAUGUGUGGCGGCAAUCGACAGGACGACACACAUUAGACUUAGAGAGGAUGAGGUCGAGGUCAUCGACGAUAUUUAUGAGACCUCGAGCAUUUUUCGUAGAUAAACGGACUGAUUUCACAAAAUUCUUAGUUUUAUGUCUGCAAAUAAGUGUUGUGUUGUGUUUGUGUAGCUCGAAUGUUGGCGUUGUUGCUGACGAUAGUGAAUUAGAGGCAAAUCCAUCGACGCCCGGUGGGCAUUUUACACAUACGUGGGCUGUUCAUGUGCCGAAUGGUGAAGAAGAAGGAUUAGCUGAUCGGGUGGCCAGCGAUCAUGGUUUCAUCAAUUUAGGAAAGAUCUUCGGAGAUCAUUAUCAUUUCGAACAUAGUAGAUUAACAAAGCGUUCUGUGUUGCCAUCGGAUCAUCAUCAAAAACGUCUCGACGAUGAUGAUCGUGUGCAUUGGGCGAAACAACAAAUUGCCAAGCGACGACAAAAGCGAGAUUUCAUUCGAAUGCGGCCUUCAAGAACGUCCUCCAGAUCGUUAUCGUUAGUGGAUAGUAUGCAAUUUAGUGAUCCAAAAUGGCCUCAAAUGUGGUAUUUGAAUCGUGGAGGUGGUCUCGAUAUGAAUGUGAUACCAGCAUGGAAAGAAGGUAUCACGGGGAAAGGUGUGGUUGUGACAAUUCUCGAUGAUGGUUUGGAGUCUGAUCAUCCGGACAUUGAUGCUAAUUUCGAUCCUCAAGCAUCAUACGAUGUCAAUGGACAUGAUCCAGAUCCAAUGCCACAUUACGACAUGACAGAUUCCAAUCGACAUGGAACACGUUGUGCCGGUGAAGUUGCUGCCACUGCCAAUAAUUCUAUUUGUGCCGUUGGGAUAGCCUAUGGCGCUAGUGUCGGUGGAGUGCGAAUGUUGGAUGGUGAUGUCACAGAUGCCGUCGAAGCUCGUUCAUUAAGUUUGAAUCCGCAACACAUUGACAUCUAUAGUGCGUCCUGGGGUCCCGAUGACGAUGGCAAGACUGUAGAUGGUCCUGGCGAACUUGCGUCAAGAGCCUUUAUAGAAGGUGUGACGAAAGGUCGCAAUGGCAAGGGGAGUAUUUUCAUUUGGGCAUCGGGUAAUGGAGGUCGUGAACUAGACAAUUGUAAUUGUGAUGGUUACACCAACUCCAUUUGGACACUAUCAAUAUCAAGUGCCACGGAGGAAGGACAUGUUCCAUGGUAUUCGGAAAAAUGUAGUUCAACUCUAGCGACCACAUAUAGUAGCGGUGGACAGAGUGAAAAACAGGUUGUGACAACAGACUUACAUCAUUCCUGCACGGUUUCGCACACAGGAACAUCAGCUUCGGCGCCCUUGGCAGCUGGUAUUGCUGCCUUAGUUUUAGAGUCGAAUUCAAAUCUCACGUGGAGAGAUCUCCAGCAUAUAGUUGUUCGAACAGCUAAGCCGGCGAAUCUGAAGGAUUCAACAUGGUCGAAAAAUGGUGUGGGUCGCCGCAUAAGCCAUUCAUUCGGUUAUGGACUUAUGGAUGCAGCUGCAAUGGUUCAACUUGCACGUAAUUGGAAGACUGUGCCAGAGCAGCAGAGGUGUGAAAUCAAUGCGCCACAUGUAGACAAGAUCAUUCCAGCCAAGGGUUAUAUUACUUUGCAGCUAACAGUAAAGCAUUGCUUAUCUGUGAAUUAUUUAGAGCAUGUACAAGCAAAAAUUACUCUGACAUCCCACCGUCGAGGAGACAUACAACUUUAUUUGAAAUCACCAGCUGGCACCAAAGUGACACUUUUGACAUCGAGAGUCCAUGAUGUUUCUCGAUCCGGCUUCAGUCAGUGGCCAUUUAUGUCCGUUCACACAUGGGGUGAAUCCCCACACGGUAACUGGCAGCUAGAGAUUCACAAUGAAGGACGUUAUAUGGUAUCACAUGCCUUAUUGCGAGAAUGGUCGCUUAUAUUUUAUGGAACAACACUUCCAAUCGAUCCCAACGAUCCGGUAUCGAUGCGCACAAAUCCGUCCGAAGACACAACAACAUCAUCGUCGUCAUCAUCAUCAUCUCAAUCAUCGUCGCAAUCAUCUUCAACAUCGACCAAUCUCCAUCAAAUCUACUCGCCCCAAUAUCCUCGGAUGCCAGCAACCAAUUUCAAUUCAUUUGCCACACAAAGUAAACUUAAUGCGAAGGUCAGCUCAAUGAAGGCAGCCAAUGGUACAACAGUGCUUUUAGGUGGUCCUGGCAACAACAAAAAACAACAACAACAACAACAAUAUCAUCAAGUUUCGGCAACGUAUGGUGUUAUCCUUGGCUCUGCCAAAAAUAAAUCCAAAAACGGAAAGAAUGGCAAUUCAGGGGGGAAUGGAGGUAAUGGUGGUGGCAAAAAUAAAGGUUCUAAGUCAUCAAAUCGUCCUGGUAAUACUCAACAACAACAACAACAAUCAUCAGCAUCAUCAUCAAUAUCGAAAAAUAAUUUCUUUCGCAUUCCGGCUUCGAAUGGCAAAUCGAGCUCAUCAAAACAAACGUCUGGUUCGACGCAGCGUCCGAAAAUGUCCCAACAAGCGAAUUACAAUUCAAAUGGUGCUGUUGUCAUUCCCAAUAGCAAAUCCGUCGCAUCGGAUAAGUCCAUUCAGAGUGUUGGACAAACGAUGACAGCUGCUAAACUACCAAUCAAGGCCCCAAAACAAGUGAAAGAUAAUAACGCCUACAAUGGCAAUAGUGGCAUCAGCGGCGUCGGUGGUGGAAUUGGUGGCAGUUCCAUAGCAACGACGUCAUCAAAAUCUGCCGCAGUAUCGUCAUCUGGUGGUACACUAUCCUCAUCAUCAUCAUCAACAUCAUUGUUGUCGAUGCCACAGAAGACAAAUCACCGGAUACCAAAACUUUUCGAACAUUAUGAAAAAAUUCAGCAAAUUUUUCCAGAAUUCCAUCCGUACAUGGGCACUGCUGCUGCUGCUGCUGCUGCUGGAUUGGUAUCAGGACAAAAAGAUGCAACAUCAUCAUUGCCGUCAUUAUCUUCUUCAUUAUCGUUGUCGCCAUCAUCAUCGUUGGCAUCAGGAGCAUCCACGUCGACAUUAUCAUUGUCAUCUUCCAUCACCAGACAGGGAUCCAAUAGAAAGCAAUUUCAAUUCUAUGAUCCGUCAGUCGGUGUUGGUCUUAGUGGAAGCUCCUCUUCUGGUCCAUUGUUGUCAUCGUCGUCGUCUGGUGUGGGCAAUGGCAGAGGAAGCGUUGCCAUUGCAAAUCCAAAGCCAUCCCGGGAGAAUUCGAAAAAGUCCUCUCCGUCGACGAAUGCAGGAUAUCAACUACAGCAAGAGUAUCAACUAACUCCGAAGCAACUGUCAUCGUCGCACCAGCAACAACAACAGCAAGCAAGACCGCCACCACCAGCACGUACUGCCACACAACGACCUGGUGAAAAGAUUUAUUUACCGAAUCGGAAAAGCACUAACGCUCAAAUCACACAAUGGGACUUAAUUUUCUAUGGAACAGAAUCACCCGCUCAGCCAGAUGAUCCAGUUCAAAUUAGCCCUGGACAAUUUGGGUCGUCCUUUGGUGGUGAUAUGGAACACAAUCUUCUUGAAUAUGACCCGGAUACGGCUAGCGGUCAAUGGAGAAAUGUGCAGCAGGUUGGCGAAUCACUAGCUGAUAUUCAGCAUGAAAACGAUCAAACCAGCAGCGCAUGCAUGCGUAUUACACUAGACCAAAGAUGCAUAGAGUGCAAGGAUCCAACUUAUCUUUUCAAUGGAAAAUGCUAUACCAAAUGUCCUGAGCAAACAUUUGCUAUUAGUGAAGUUCUUCCUACCGAACAUGAUGCCUUAUUCAAUGAUCUCGAUGAAAUUCAAAAACAUAUGAAAACACGUUCAACACUCGAUGAGGCUUUAUUGGACGAUGGCAGCUUAAAAAAUAUGUGUGCUAUUUGUGAUAAGAGUUGCCUUCAUUGCAGCGGUCCUAGUCCUGCACAAUGUACGGCUUGUUUCCCCGAAAGUCGACUUAAGACAGUCAAUAACCUAGAAGGAUUCUGUUUUGUUUUUGCCGAAAGGAGUUCAGGUGAUGAUAAAACAGAAUCUAAGUCGAAUUGGAAAUAUGUUCCUGCAGUAUUUCUAUUGUUUUUCAUACCACCGAUGGUUAUUGUUGUUAUUGUAGCUGUAUCAAUGAUCGUUCGCAAAAGAUUUACAUCUAAAAAAGAUUAUAUGUAUAAUAGAGUAGCAUUUAAUAUAGCAAAUGAAGAAACUCGAGCUUUGACAGCCGAGGAAGAAGAAGAAGCAAACGCAGAUCAAAGUAAUUCUGAUAAAUUUAAAAGUGAGGAUCUAAUUAUACCUAAUAGAGAACAAUCAAUACCUAGAUAUAAAUUGGUUGUUGAUAGUGAGUCUUCGGAUUCAGAAGAGGAUAUAUUAAAUUUAUCAAAAACAUAAUUCCAUAAAAAUGAAAAAUGAAAAGAAAAUUCCAUUAUAGUUAAAUUAAUUUCUUUUUUAUAUACGAAACGUUGAUAAUAAUAGUUUUUUGGUUGUAAUUUAUUGAAACGCUUGAUCUUGUUUAAUUUAUUGUUAUAAAGUGUCACAAAAAACUUAAAAUUAUUUUUACACUAAAAUUUAUAUUUUAUAAAAUAAGAAAACGAAACAACACAAAUUUUAAUGUU